AUGUUGGUGUCGCUCCUGGCAGUGGGCGUGGGCCUCACCGCCCGCGUUCUUGCGCAAGAAGCUUCGUGUUACGCGCCGAAUGGCGAACUUGCCAACAAUGAAACGUAUGUCCCAUGCAACAAGCUCGGGAUCAACCAGGCCGGUGUCUUCUCGAGUUGUUGCGCUCUGGACGGCCCGCCCGAGCAACGAGACAUCUGCUCAUCUUCCGGCUUGUGUAUCAACCGCCAGGGCCAGCCGCAACGAGGUUUCUGCACGGAUAAGACAUGGAAAAGCAAGGCUUGCAACCACGUCUGCACAGAUAUCGAGACUGGCGGCAAUCCUAGCAACAUCAGCUUCAUGACCGCCUGCAACGACGGCACAGCAAAGUAUUGUUGCGGAAAAUCGAACACUACCUGUUGUGGAACGGAUGCUGCGUUUUCCAUCUCGACACAAGAAUCCGUAUGCACAGCGAAUUCAACAAGCUCCGAUAAUACCGCGGCUGAAGCAUCUUCCCCGUUCAAGGGGGCCACCAUUGGCCUCGCCGUCGUCACCGGUGUUACACUUCUGGCAGGACUUCUAUCGACAAUAUGGCUCUGGAAUCAGAACAAAAAGCUCAAAAAGGAACUGGCCGAGAAGGCAGAAAUGGCAAGUCAGCCGAUGGAGCCGCAGUUCACUGGGGCCACGAGCUCGUACGCCGGAACCUCGCCGCCGCAGACCUACAAACCACAUUACGGCACUUCCCCGCCACCACCCAUGUCGCCAAACUCGGAAUACCAUCAAGGAAACAUUCACAGAUACUCGGAAUUAGAUGCGUCGGUCGCUGUAGCAAGGAGCGAGAUGGGUUCCCCGUCUCCGUAUGACCAACAGCAGCAGGGCCGCGAUUCACCAGCGCCUGGUCAUGGCCACGGCCAUGAAAGCUAUAGUAGCCCGAUGCAAUCGCCAAACUUGCCGCAAUCAUGA